AUGCCACCGUCGACGCGCGCGAACGACGCGCGGACGUCGACGUCGGUCGUUCAAGACGCGCCGGGACGCCAAAAAACCUCCGCUGGACGAAAACACAUCGCGCUCGUCGCCGAUGAGACGGCCAAGGCGAUCCAGCGCGGAUUCAGCCUGACGAAGAAACAUUUCAAUCGACAAUUCAGAAAGUUGCGGAUACGACAGUCGAAGACGGGCUCGAUGCGCGUGCGCAGACUGUGGACCAAGGUGCACCGAGGGAAUCGGCUCGGCGUGGACGACGACGCGGACAUGUUGACGAAUCAUCUCGGGGUGUGUUUGCAGUUUGCGUUCACGGCGAUGCAGGGAGAGAGAGAGGCGUUUGAAAGCGGGGUGUACGAUGGCGUAUGGCCGGAGAUGGGUGGGGUGACGCGGGAGGUGUACAGCGCGAGCGGACUGCGGUUGGCGAACGACGAGGCGCUGCCGGAUUUCGCCUACGUUGUCGAGGCGCCGAAGGAGUUCGCGGAGUUGAGAAGGGCGUGGGGGAUGGGCGCGGCGUCGUACGGGGAGAGUUUUCGGUUGGAAGGUCUGAACGCGAAGUUUGACGCGGUGAGCGUCGUGGGCAACAUCAAGCAAGGGAAGGUGACCACGGAAGGCGGCCGUUUGGGGACGAGUUCGACGACGUUGCGAGUGAUCUCGCAGGCUUUGGCGAGCGGGAAGUCGAAAAGUUGGUUCUUCUGCAGCGAGGACGGGACGUUGCUCGUGAAGACGUGCGAUGAGAAGGAGAAGAAGACGCUAUUGCGGAUUUUGCCAGACUAUCUCGAUUACGUACGGGAAAACGGAACGACGAGCAUGCUUCCGCAGAUUUACGGCCUGUACACCAUCAAGUUCGCCGCGUCGAAACGGCCGCUGAGCUUCAUCGUGAUGAACUACUGGUUCGCUUCGUCGAAGAGCAUCACACGAAGAUUUGAUUUGAAGGGGAGCACGUGUGGACGUCACGCAAGCGAGCGAGAGCUCGCGAAGGGUUCCGCGUGUAUUUAUAAGGACAACGACUUCGAUGACAAGGAUGCGGUGCGCACGAAACACAACACAGCGAUACUUGACGCUUUGCGAAAGGACACCGAGUUCCUGAGCGGGUUAAACCUCAUAGACUACUCGCUCGUGUAUGGCGAAUACGAAGCGUCCACGCCGAAGGAACUUCUAGAGGCGCAAAGCGCGUUCGAAGAGUUCGAGGGAACGGAUAAUUGGGUGAUCCGGCAGCGCGCUGCGGCGGUGACGAUGGCGGCGGCGGCGGAUCGCGAGAUGGAAGAGAAAAUGUCGGUCGGUAACAGUAAGGAUCACAGCGACGAAGAGUCCAUCGGUCACCAGAGCGACACCUCGGAGGAGAUUCUUAUACUAGAAAAGGCGUCCAUGUUCACACCGUUCAUACACGAUGUGGCGCGUUUGAAUCAACUGCGUACGGUGAACCGGCCCGCGGGCGCCGUUUUCAUCGGCGUCAUAGACAUACUCACAACGUGGAAUCCGCGGAAAAAGGUAGAGUGGUUCUUCUCCAGCUUUUUAUACUGCGGCAAAGAUGUUUCGUGUCAGCGCCCCAAGUUCUACGCGAAGAGGUUCAAUUCGUUCAUGGAGAAUAGUGUGUUCCUUCCACCGGAGCAGGGAAUGGCGUCGCCUCGUCCAUCGAAUGAUUCGGAGGCAUCGCAAGGUAGGACUGUCAGAGAGUAG